AUGCGCCUGCACCCAGUCGGGCCACUCCUGACGCCGCGGCUGGCUCGGGAGGACGUGUCCGUGGGCAGCGACGACAUCCCGGCAGGCACGCGCGUCUUCAUCAACGCCUGGGCCAUCGGCCGCGAUCCGGCGGUGUGGGAAGCUCCCAUGGAGUUCCGCCCGGAGCGCUUCGUCGGGAGCAGCGUGGACGUGAAGGGGCAGCACUUCGUGCUGCUGCCGUUCGGGUCCGGCCGCCGGAUGUGCCCUGGCAUGGGCCUCGCCCUCAGGAUGGUGCCUAUGAUCUUGGCCAACCUGCUGCACGCCUUCGCGUGGAGGCUCCCCGACGGUGUGGAGGCCGAGGAGCUGAGCAUGGAGGAAACGUUCGGGCUCACCGUGCCGCGCUUGGUCCCGCUCGAGGCCGUCGCUGAGCCCAAGCUCCCAGCUCGCCUAUAUGCAGGCCCGUGA